AUUAACGCAAAGAGUGUAAGCGUUUCGAUAGAGAACGGAGUAAUCAAUGGAUUCACACAAGUAUUCAACGGCACAGAAGUGGACACAUAUUUGGGUAUUCCAUACGCGGAGCCACCGGUCGGUGACCUCCGCUUCCGAAGACCAGNAUCAACGCAAAGAGUCGUUUCGAUAGAGAACGGAGUAAUCAAUGGAUUCACACAAGUAUUCAACGGCACAGAAGUGGACACAUAUUUGGGUAUUCCAUACGCGGAGCCACCGGUCGGUGACCUCCGCUUCCGAAGACCAGUGCCGGCGAAGAAGUGGACCAAACCUUUGGACACAACCAAAUGGCCAAAUGCUUGCUAUCAAUCCCCUAUUAUGUUACAAAUUUAUCAAAACCCGAAUCGUAGCGAAGAUUGUCUUUAUCUCAAUGUAUUUUCACCCAAACCUAAUAAAUCAAACACUGGACCAAAACCAGUGAUGGUAUGGAUCCACGGCGGGGCCUUCAUUAUAGGCUCGUCCAGUGAAUUCUCCGCAAAUCCUAUUGUUUUGUCGACGAGAGGCGAUGUUAUCGUUGUAUCUAUUAAUUACAGAUUGGCGUCUUUGGGAAUGUUAUACUCGGGAACGGAUGACGCGCCCGGAAAUACACUCUUCUGGGACCAGACAUUAGCCCUUCAAUGGGUGAAGAAAAAUAUUGGACACUUUGGCGGAGAUCCCAAUAGAGUGACAAUAUUUGGUUUAAGCGCUGGCAGUGCGUCAGUGAGUGGACACAUACUAUCACCCAAUAGUCGAGAUUUAUUUCAAAACGCUAUAAUGAUGUCCGGAUCAGCACUUAUGUACGGAGGCGUCGCUACACCGGAAAAUUCGCUCAAAUAUUGGUUAAAACAAUCGCAACAAAUCGGGUGUUCAGAAGAAAGUGACCACAAGUUUACACCAAAAAUAAUGGACUGCUUACGAAAAAUGCCGAUUGAAAAGUUGGCUUCAAUACCCGCCUCGACAUACAUCCCGUCGACCAAUAAAUUAGAUGUCGUUCCCCUGUUUGUCAUCGACGGCCAGAUCUUUACUAAAUCUCCGUUUGAAAUGUUAGAAACAGGGGAUUAUAAGAAGGGUUUGAAUCUAAUGAUAGGCGACGCACAGGACGAGGGAACUAUCCUAUUGUCG